AUGCCGCCGAAACAACAUACACCACCCGAUCUUCCUCCUAUGAAGGACCUCACCAUUGAGAACAUCACUGAUAAUGUCCACACAAUCAAUUCCAAAUGCCCAGAUCCACGAUUACAGUUCCUCCUUCAGAGGCUAGUGAACCACCUACAUGAUUUCGCAAGGGAAACACGACUUAGUGUGGCUGAGUGGGAGAAGGCUAUUGAGUUUCUUGUCGACGUUGGCAAGAUCAGCACUGAUGUUCGCCACGAAUUCGUCCUCUUAUCCGACGUUCUUGGUUUAUCGCUGCUAGUCGACGGGAUCAAUCAUCCCAAGCUCAAGAACUCAACCGAGGGCACAGUCCUCGGCCCGUUCCACACUCUGGAUGCGCACCAUGUUGAGCAUGGCCACCAAAUCUCACACGAUCCGGAAGGCGAGCCCCUAUUUGCCUUCUGUACUGUUAAAGAUACAAAAGGGCGUCCAAUUCCAAAUGUGGCGGUCGAUGUAUGGGAAACAGACUCCAAAGGUUUCUAUGAUGUGCAAUAUGAGGACCGGACCACGCCAGACGGCCGUGCCAUUGUGGAAAGCGACGAAAACGGAAUAAUCCAGUUCAAAGCUAUUGUCCCUGUGCCUUAUCCUAUUCCUAACGAUGGGCCCGUUGGAAAGCUUCUGGAGCGCUUAAAUCGCCACUGUUAUCGCCCAAGCCACAUGCAUUUCAUGUUCAAGAAGGAAGGCUUUGAUCGGCUCAUUACAGCUCUUUACCUCCGGGGAGACCCCUUCGAGACUUCGGACGCCGUAUUUGGUGUCAAGGAUUCGCUGGUAAUCGAACUUGGUAAGGUUGGGGAUGUUGAAGGUCUAGCAGAUAAAUAUAAAGUAUCACCAGAUACAAAGCUGCUACGGUAUGAUUUCGUUCUGAUAACGGAGGAGGAAGCAAAGCAAGUACAAGAAGAAGAGGCUUGGAAAGAGGCAAAGCGUCAGGACUGCCAUCUGAAGGUUGUCAACGGUCUCAUCGUUCCAGAGUAG